UGCCGCCCCCCCUCCGUGAGCCGCAGCGCCCGCCGCGCCCCGCCCCUGCCCGCGCUGCUGCUGUUGAGGGACGCGCGGAUCGCGGGACCGAGGAACGAAGGACGAGGGACGGACGGACGGACACGCGCCCGGGUCCGGGCAUGGGCGUGCGCGCGGGGCCGCUCUGAGCUCAGGAAGCUGGCGCCCGGUGACUGGGACACGAGGCAGCCAUGGCCCUCCCCUUCCAGAAGGAGCUGGAGAAAUACAAGAAUCUCGAUGAGGAUGAGCUCCUUGGCAAGCUGUCUGCAGAGGAGCUGCAGCAGCUGGAAAAUGUGCUCGAUGACCUAGAUCCCCAGAGUGCCACACUGCCUGCCGGGCUCCGGCAGAAAGACCAGACGCAGAAGGCGGCCACUGGCCCGUUCGACCGCGAGCACCUCCUCAUGUACCUGGAGAAGGAGGCCCUGGAGCAGAAGGACAGGGAGGACUUCGUGCCCUUCACUGGAGAAAAGAAAGGGAGAGUCUUUAUCCCCAAAGAAAAGCCUGUGGAACCUCGGCAAGAAGAAAAGGUGACCCUGGACCCAGAGCUGGAGGAAGCCUUGGCCGGCGCCUCGGACACAGAGCUCUACGAUCUGGCAGCCGUCCUCGGAGUCCACAAUUUGCUCAACAACCCCAAGUUUGAUGAAGAAACGGCCAACGGCAAAGGCGGCAAGGGUCCCGUGAGGAACGUGGUGAAAGGUGAGAAGGUCAAGCCAUUAUUUGAGGAACCGCCCAACCCCACCAACGUGGAAGUCAGCCUGCAGCAGAUGAAGGCCAACGACCCCAGCCUGCAGGAAGUGAACCUCAACAACAUCAAGAACAUCCCCAUUCCGACACUGAAGGACUUCGCCAAAGCCCUGGAGACCAACACACACGUGAAGAAGUUCAGCCUGGCCGCCACCCGCAGCAACGACCCCGUGGCCAUAGCUUUUGCAGAUAUGCUGAAAGUGAACAGGACCUUGAAAAGCCUGAACAUAGAAUCCAACUUCAUCACUGGCUCGGGCAUCCUGGCUCUGGUGGAGGCAUUGAGGGAAAACGACAGCCUGACAGAGAUCAAGAUUGACAACCAGCGGCAGCAGCUGGGAACAGCCGUGGAGAUGGAGAUCGCGCAGAUGCUGGAGGAAAACUCGAGGAUCCUCAAGUUUGGAUACCAGUUCACCAAGCAGGGGCCGCGCACUAGGGUGGCAGCUGCCAUCACGAAGAACAACGACCUGGUUCGUAAGAAGAGGGUUGAAGGAGAUCGAAGGUGAAUGUCCACUGGAAGCAGAGAAAUUUCUCUACAGAGCCGUUGGAAAUGGAUACCAACUCCUCUCCAACGAGGGACCAUUUUAUCAGAGGCUGUUCAUUUCCGUUAACCGUACAACUAAUGAUUUAAUUUCUAUUUUUUAGCGCUACUUACUUAUCUGGGAUUCUUCCACGGGUCCAACUGUUUUCCUUGCUCUUGGGCUUCUCUGCAACUUGCCCAAAGGGACCAAUGUAGACAUUAGAGAGACAGCCGUGACCGUGAAUUUAACCGCUUUCAUACUAGGUUGCCCUCGCUUUCUUACGUGAACUUUUUUUUUUUAAUCACUGAAAGGUAUUUAGUUUAUACUGUGUGUUUUAACUGAUUAUGGUAGAGGCCUACCUCUGUUUACAUGCAUAGCUUCGAGUUAGGCUAAAUAUACCCAAAGUGUUCUGCUUAUCAUGUGAGAAGUUAGCAUUGCCAAUCUUUCACUGGAUGAGAAAAUGUGACCCACUUAGCUCAACUCUAGUUGUAGAAAAAUCCCUAAACGCACAUGCCCAACCGUUGAAAGAUCAGCGAUGUCAUCUUCACAAAGCAAGAAGCUUUAACAGCGCAUUGGCACGUUAGCAGAAGCCGUCUGAGCCCCAACACCCAGCCAAGCGAGGUUCUAGGCAGCGACACGAACCAACACAUGUACCUUUGCUGGUUAUUUGACAUUCAUUCAAUUGGUAAAGUGAUCCUGUUGAAAAGCUUCUUACAAAACUGUUGUAAAGUUUUCCUGACAUGGUAGGAAAUGGUUGAAUUUUAGUGAGACAGAAUUUUAAAAUAAUAUACCCCUACAUAAAAUAAUAAUCCCUGAACCUCACUGGGCAUGGUGGCACACACUGUAAUCCCAGCAUUUGGGAGGCAAGAGAAUUAUUGCAAGUUCAAGACCAACCUGGCUACAUAAUGAGACCCUGUCAAAAAAUAAUAAUAACCACACCUUUAAUAAGAUUAUAAACACACACAAUUGCAUCAACUUGACAAACCUUACAAUCACAAAUUGCUUUGUCUUUAUGUAACAUGAUUACAGGAUAAAAAGCAAGGCUUUGGGUUCAUUAUGUAGAUUUUUGUCCACAUGAUCCAUCUAGACAUUUGCAAACAUCAAGGGAAAUACGGAUUGUCACUGCUACAGAUGUUUGUCGUCUCAGAGACGAACCUGUGGGUGUGGGACUGAGAUGAUCACACCGUAGCAUGCGUGGAUCUUUGAAUGGAGCAGCACAGCCACAUGGAGAAGCAAGGAAGGGAGACCCAGUGUGGUCUCCAGACAGUCAUGGCGAUGGGGGUACUGGCUCUCUGGGGCUCCCCUCUCUGUGCUCCUCCCAUCCCUCCUGCCCUCUUCAGAUUCAGUUGCUGAUUACUCUGUUUUUUAGAAGUUUGCACACAAGUUGCUCAACACAACCUUUUGUUUUGUUUUGUUUGUUUUUGCUGGUGGUGGGGUCUGACCCAGGGCCUUGCACAUGGGAGGCAAGCACCCUGCCUACCAUCCCCAGCCCAACACGGCCAUUAUUAAAAAUUAAAUUAAAUGCUAUGCACUUGAAAUUAAAAACUGACCUUGAAGGUCGUAAUGAUAAAUAGUCAAGAAUACUUCCUUUCAGUGCUUCCUAUGCUCUGAGAUACCCACAUCUGUGUGUCUGUAGGUGGAAAUACCACCUAUCUAUUGGACAUUAUAGCUCUUCAGUUAUUUCCUGCUCGGGGUGGGAGUGUUCAUACUUUGGAAAUUACUGCUAUGUUACAAGUUGGAGGUUUUCCUCCUCUAAUUGCUGGCUUGUCAGCUGUCAUCUGGGUGCUGGGUGAAAUGCUCCAAUUUUGAGGUACAUCCCUUCGGGGUACCUUGUUGCCAAUGGGACCUUAUCCACCCCUCCUUCUCUUUCUUCCCUACUCUGCAUCUGUGACCAGCUCCUUAAGUGCUGAGUUCCUGAUGUGGCCAAUUCAGCCUUUCCUUUCCCACUCACCCUUCCCAGCCUUCACCCAGAGAACCGAGAACCAGCAGUGUCCCCACAGCCGCGGGCCACGGUGGCAGUUGGCAAGGCUUGGCCUAAAGUGAGGGAAAAGCAUCAGAACUGGAUCAUGGCUAUUUCAUCCAUGCGGGCAGCUGUUGAUUGUGUCAAAGCAAGCGAGGAAGACAUUGUAAACAUACAGCCCUGUUUUUAGUUUAUAAAAUAGUUGGGUCACAUAUAAUAGAGUUUAUGAGAUCAAAUAUUUGUUACUGACCACUUUGUCUUGUUAUUUUCUGUGUUUGUAAAGUGGCCUCCCCAUGACUUUCCAUGCCUGUUUGCAUAGGGAAGAUGACUGUUAGAAGACAGACAUACCCUCUGGGGAACCUGUCAGAUCGUUUCAUUACGCCUUCAGCUCCCAUCUGCCCUAUGCGAGCGAGAGGAAGUUCAUUCCUGAUUGCUAGCGUGGGGUGGAAUGUGAAUGUCUUUGUAUGUGUGUGUUUUGCUCAGUACUUUGUUGGGAGGUUUGGCAGUGUGUGUACCAGUGUGUCUGUAUGUGUGUGUGUACUGUCAGAUACCCAAGGAGGUAUCUGGCUACAUCUGAACACCUGAUUGAAGGGAGAUAUUCUCUCCCCAGGUCCUCUUUCCCUGUCCUCUGUCGGGUCGCUACAGGCUCAGCAGCGACUCCCUGGGGUCUAUAGUUUGUCUAUAAUUUGGAUAGUGACUCUUAGGAAAUAGAUGUAGAAGCUAGAAGUCAUCUCAUUGUUCCAGCAUGAAAUCUUACCAUCUACCUCAAGCUGUAGUGUUCCAUCCUCAUCAGUGCAACUUGGCCCCUGUCUUCCACCUCUGGGACACGCUGUGCAUACGUGUUUUGUACACAGAGAUCAGCAAAUACUGCCUUGAGGCAGUCGGCUUCCUUGGACCACCGAGCAAAGGGAGACCGAGCUCCCAGCCUUGUUCCUGGCCCUCUUGGGGCCCUUUUAGCGCAUUUUAUAGUAACAGCUCACCUCUGCAUAAACCCCAGAGGCCAGCCCAGUGUCUGUGUUCCCAGACCCAUUCCCCAGGGGAAACCCAACUCAACCCAAAGAACCGCUUCUACUCCAGAACCAGACGUGGUUCCCUGCUCCCCCAGCACUGGGGAAGCCACCCUGAGGAUUGCUGCCUUGAAGACAGUUUCAAUGCUGGGAGCCUCAAGCCAGUGUGAAGCAUCUACAGGCUCUCAAAUUAACAUAGUCCCAGGAAAGUUAGGAUAGCAAAUACUUUCUUUUGCAUGGAUAAAAUGUGCUCGGCUCUCUCUAGAUACUGUGAAGGAGACAGAAGAAACAGAGACAGAAUUCUUGAUGGAAUUUUCUAUGUGUUUUGGGGCCUGGGGAUGAGACGAGUGGCUUUUUGCAAAGUAGAUACCCUUUGUAGUCCAGUUUAGUGGCCUCGGCACUUGUGGGCACAGGACAGGAAGCUGUGAACGUGGCUUCUAUGGUGCGUGACCUGCCUAGGUGCAAGUAUUUGCGGAGUCAGGUUGAAAGUCACGGUCCUGAGCUUCCUUCCCCAUUUCCUCUGGUGAUGCAGUGGGCGCUGUCUCCCCUUUAAUGGCAGAGAACCAAGAGGGAGCGUCCUGUGCUGAGUCCCCAGUAGUCCCCCACUCCUAAUUGAUCCUCACCUCCGCCCUGCUCAAGGCUAAGGACUAAGACGCAGAGGAAAGCACUUAGCUGGACCCACCACAUGGACAGCCUCUUGGACCCACCUGGCCAGAGGAAAGUGCCCAGAGCCCCGACAAUAUGGGCACUGUGUUCUUGGUCCACCAACUCAAGAUCUUCGUGGCUGUGGAGUUCAGUGAUGUGGAGAGGCUGAUAGACAGGAGGGAGGAGGAUGAGAUCAAAGAUUUACAUUUGUUUCAUGGCAGAACUGAGCUCCAUUCCAGUUGCCUCUUUCUGAGCUUUUUGUAACAGCAGUGAUUUAACAGUCAGGAGAUGGAUUCGCAAGUUUUAAAUUUGCAACGUGACCUGGGUGCUGUUCUAAUAGUAAUGUAUGUGGCAAGACUUAGGUCAGGACUUGGAAGAAGGUGAAGGAGAGGGCUGGAGACUGAGGCAGGAGGGAGUAGACAGCUAAUCAGACUUCCUGCAGUGUCUCACCCAUGGCAGUCACUGCAGACACAGGCUCGCCAGUUGGCAUAGACAGAUGGAGACUCCAAAACGUAAUCCCAUCCCCAACACUUAGCAGGGCCACAAUCACGGGCAGUUCAUUCAGUUACCUCCGAUUAUAGAAUCUCCAGGGGAAGGGUGCUGGAUUUGGAGUCAUUGGCUCCACGCUUUCCUGGCUUGCCAACGUUGUUUGGCAAGCCAUCUGAUCUCACAGGCCACGUGAUCUCUCUGCUCUAAAGUGGGAAUAACACCUUCACUAACUACCUCACAGAAUUGUGAGACUGUCAUCAGAUUGUUGGAUGAAAGCACUGUAGAAACUAGAAAGUACUAUGCAAAAUGGGAGAUUCUUGUUAUUAUCAAUGGGUUAAUGUGUUCCGCUGCCUCUUGAGUGUGCUUUACGCUGUCCGCAUCUUUUGGAGUAGGGGGAAUUGUAGCAUGGUGUGGUGGAGGAACUACAAUUAUUUCACAUGUACCCCAGUGUGGGGAGGGGUGGAUGGUGGAUUAGCGUGCCGUGUGUCAGGGGUGUGCAGGAUGAGGUGUUUUCCUACAUUGUGUCAAUGGUACCUUGACCAGAAUCCUUGCAGAAGGCUCAGAACUGCACAGGAGGAAGCAAGCAUAGGCUGAGGUGACAGAAGGUCUGGGUUUGGCCACCUUCCUGUCACCCCUGCAGUGGGGGAGGCCAAGUCCUAAGGUAUCAGUGGGGGCCUGGAAGAGGUGACUGUCCCAGCACUCCAAGAAUUGUCGUGCCUGCAGAGCAGCAGCAUGACAGGUGCUAGUAAGAGAGAAAGGGGAGAGAGUGGCACCUGCUGUGACCAGCUGGCCAUGGCAGCAGUGACCCUCACCAGCAACUCCAGCCCAGCCAGCAUUUUUUCUGCUAAGGAAGGAAGGGAUAGAAAUGUGGCCUCAAGACUUUUCAUCAGCACUUGGAGGCAGGGACCACGUCCCAGCAAUCUUCGUAUCUCUAGUACCAUCCAGUAAGGUGCUUUGUACAUAGUUGGUGCUUAAUAAAUACCGCUUGAACUUCAUUGGCCUCCAAUCCCACACGAAGUUGCUCUAUUGGUCACCAGGUAAUACUUUUGGAAAACGACUCUGGUUAGGAUGCCAGCUGCCCGAGGCUCUGGGCAAGCUUCCAUCUGUUGGUCUGUCCGGGCUUCCCUUCAUCCCUUCCUGCCUCCCAAACAUGCAACCCAUGAUUCUGAAUUGUUCUCACCACCUGUGACACUGGCAGGCAGUGCUCCCAGCAGCUCGUGUUGUCUUUGGUUCUGGAUUUCUCAGAACAGGUGAGUUAGGGCCAGGGUGUCAUCCAGGACAGAGAUGGCCUCACAGGUACAGGCUGGGUCUUAGCUCCACAGAACAAAAAUAAAUUGAAUGAUAUGAGGGGACCAGAGAGGAUAUUUUAAGCAUAUUCUAUUUUGCUCCCAGAAUGAAUGGGAAAGGAAAGGUGGAAAUGCAGAGAGCGUAGCAAGCUCUCUCAUGGCAGGUGUGGCUGUAAAUCCCUGCAGCCUGACUCUGCACUGCUCAAGCUACAGGCCCCAGGGCGGAGUCUUUAGCUGUGGGGGAUGGGCAGCACUGCCCGGCUGGGAAUGAGAUGCUCUGAAAAUAAGUUCUUACAGGGAAUUUUAUUUAGUACCAAAUGUUGCCAGUGACAAUCUUUAGUUAAGAAAGAAAUGAUUCUGACCUAAAAUUCUAAUCUUUGCCACUUUGUUUUUAAGGGGGAAAAAGGUAUCUACAUGGAAAAUAAUAUUUAUAUUUUAUUUAAGUCUUUAUCUUGUUGCAUUUUGUCCAGGAAAAUAAAUAAGCAGCAUUUUUUCUUUGCAUUUAAAAAUGUAAAAUACUUGCAUGCCUCCGAUCUGUAGUAUCUUACCAAUUCAGAUGCCUGUUCUGCCUGACCUCCUGUGUAUUGUUUCUGUGUGGUUGCGAAGAGAACAUAAGAGCACUUUUGUCAACUGUAAAUGGUUUAAACUUCCAUUGGCAACAUCCACUUAGCUAAGCAGUUGUUGAAAAAAAACCUAUGUGAUUUUAUUUUUCAUCUGAAGCUUUUCCAUCAAAGCUGGCCAACUGGUUAGGAAUUAAAGACUGGUUUGCCAGGGCUGGGGAUACAGCUUGGUGGUAAAGCACUUGCUGUUACCCUGGUGCAGUUUCCAGUCCUGAAAAAGAAAAUGAAAAAAGUCCAAUUUGCCUUUUAAAUGUGAAGUUGAACACUUGUGGUAUAACCUGAUAAGAAGGACUCCGGUUGGCCCAAAAAGAUGCAAUUUUUGGCCCUUUGGAAUUAGCCCCAGACCUAAUGCUGAGUCAAUGUGAAUUGUUUUAAUUAACUAAGAUCUUUCUGCUUUCAAAGAUGUAAAAUAAUUUAUUUGUGUCUGGAAUGAGGUUUCUAAAUGAAAAUGUAAAAAACAUUGGGAAUUAAUAAACUCAGCUUCAAAAGUGAACAUAAA